AGUAGCGGCACAAGUUGGGCUCGCCGAGGGGAAGGCGCCGCCGGCGGAGCCGCUGUCCGAGGUGCUGACGCGCCGGCCGCAGCCAUGGGCGCCGCCGCCGGGCGCUCUCGGAGCUGCUUGGGGCGCUGAAGAAGAAAGGCUGAGCCCUGGAUCUAAUGCCCAGAGCGCGGCGGACUGUUGGCCGAGCGGGUCCCUGGCUUCCCAGGCUGAACUUUGUCUGAUCGCGCCCAGCCCCGCCGCCCAGCCCAUGUCAGCCUGACCCGCGGCGGGAGCGUGCGAGGCCAUGGAGGGGUCCAACGGCUUCGGGAUCGACUCCAUCCUGUCCCACCGCCCGGGGAGCCCGGCCGUGCCCAAGGGAGACCCGCUGCUGGGGGACUGCAGGUCCCCGCUGGAACUAAGCCCCCGCUCCGAAGUCAGCAGCGGCUGCCCGUCGCCCCCCUCGCCGGGCAGGGAGUGCCUGGAGGCGGUGGCGCAGAGGCAAGGCGUCGCCGUGGGCUUGGACUCGCACCUGCAGCCGGGGCAGGUGUCGGCGCCGUCCCAGUCCAGAACGGUGACCUCGUCUUUCUUAAUCAGGGACAUCCUCGCCGACUGCAAGCCCCUGGCAGCCUGCGCGCCUUACUCUAGCACCAAUGGACAGAGCGGGCCGGAGCCUGCGGGCCGCGGCCCCGCCAAGCCCGGGGAGGAUUUUAGAGAGAAAAUGGACAAAAGUAGCAGCAACGUGUCCUCGGACUCGGAGUACAAAGGUAAGCGCCGGCGGGCCCCGCGGGCUCGGCUUGAGCCUCCGCACGGGCGCGGGGCACGCGGCGGGCGCCGGGCUCUGCGAGCCGGGGAGCGGGACUCGGCUUCGCCGCCGCGGCCGGGGGAAAACGAAAAAACCCCAUCAACUUGCUCCAACUUGCUUCUGAAGACAGGCGCAGGCCGGAGCGGCCGAGGGACGAAGUGGAAGCGGCAGACGGCGGUGGGCCUGGAGCUGCUGGCCGAGGCCGGGAACUACUCGGCGCUGCAGCGCAUGUUCCCGUCGCCCUACUUCUACCCGCAGAGCCUCGUCUCCAACCUGGACCCCGGCGCGGCGCUGUACCUGUACCGCGGGCCCAGCGCGCCGCCGCCCGCGCUGCAGCGCCCGCUCGUGCCCCGCAUCCUCAUCCACGGACUGCAGGGGGGCAGCGAGUGA